UUUUCGCUUUUUUAAUGUCUUCAAACAUCUCAAGAUUAUUUCAAGCAAGCGGAUGUCGAAAAUAUAAAAUUUUAUCAUUUUGAUUUUUGAUUUUAAUUUCGUCUUUAUGGUUCUUCCUAAUGGAUGAAGCUGGCCCCAGGUAAAGUGAGGGCAGAAGCUUUCGAAAAUCGGUAUUUCGAGGAGAUAUACAUAUAAAAAACAUGUUUUAUUGAGUGAUGAGUUACUUAUGAAAGGUUCAUUAUUUUGCUUCAAAAUUUUAAAAUUCAAAUGGUGAUUUUUUUUUUUUAAUUUAAAAUCGAAAAAGAAAAGCAAACCGGUUUGAGCGAAGCUGGGGCAAAAGCUCUCAAAAAUUAGAGUUUUAAGAGGUAGUAAAUACGAUUAGGCUAUUUUUGUUUCAAAGUUUUGAAAUUUAAAUGAUUUACCUAAAAAAAAAAUCAAAUUUCAAAAGAAAAGUAAACGAGCCCGAGUGAAACGAGGCCAAAAGCUUUCAAAAGUUGAUGUUUCGAGAAGUAAAAAACAAGAAAUUUUUUAUGUAGGGAGGAGUUUAUUUUUCUGAUUCAAACUUUGAACAUUUCUUAAAUUUGAACAAAAAGUCGUCCAUUCGGAAAAAGAAGUGCAAAUAGCACGAGCGAAGCGAAGGCAAAAGCUCUCAAAAAUGUGUAAUAAAUUCAAUUUGUAAAAAAGUUGAAAAAUGAUCUCUUUUCUACAAAAUUGUUUCAAAAUUCCAGAAAAAGAAAAAAAUGAAUUUGAUAAUUUGAAGUCUCAUUGAAAAAAAAUCCAGAACUUUUUUUAUGAAAAAGUGAAAAAAGCAGGAUUUUUGCAGGAUUUGCAAAACCGUUUCCACACCUGGACACAUUGCAUGAAAAUCAUCCGAAAAAUGACACAUUCAAUAGAUUUGAACCACCUCAAUUUGAUUAUCCUGGAAAGCUGAUUACCUAUACCAACAACUCGUGUUAUAAGUUAUGUAUAUGAUACCUCGCACACUUAUAAAAACUCUCAAAAAAGAGACAAAUAGUAUGAAAAUUUACGUCAUAGGUUUUUGCAAAAAUUAUUCAUGCAAUAUGCUUAAAAAAUUGAAUCACUUUUUCAAGUAGUUAAGAAUUUAUGAAAUUAUAGAGACGACGUAAUAUUAGCCUCGCAUUAAGUCAUUCAUUUCUUUGAAAAAAAAAUCACUUUCAAUUUUGAAAAACGACAAUAGAGAAGAACUUCUCAGCUGAUGCAGAAUAAAAUACAUAGGUACUCAACACGGUCAAUUAAACAACUAGCUAUAGAUAAUUAUAUAUCACAUUACAUCGUACGUCAGCUCUACGAAUUUAUUUUAAUAACUACGUAAUAUAAGAAGCCGAAGGUAAACAUCCGAAAACUCGGUGCAAAUCGUAAAUUCUCAGUAAAUAAAUUUUAUCAAAUCAUUGUUGUACUUCACACCGCGAGCAAGUCGUUCGUCGCUGACUGCUGUUCAUCAACUACAUACGAGUACAUCGACGUAGCUGCGUACGUUCAUCCUCGAAGAUGGAAAUUAAUAACGAACUGCUGAGUAAAAUGCUGAGCGGCGAUUCGUCCUCCAAAGUCACCAUAUUAAACUGGCACGUUAAAAACAACAUCGUCGCUUUGGGCAACAACCACACAUCGGAGCUUUCGCGAUUAAUAGUCGAAUACCAACGAAAGGGUAGAAUAUUCAAAAAAUCGUUCAUCUUGAAGGUACCUUCAACCCAUCCAAUGUACAGUUUAGCUGUCAGAUUCAACAUGUACGAAAAAGAGUACCCUAUCUACACAGAGAUCCUCGAAGAAAUGUAUAAAAUAGACGGCGAACAUCUCGGUCCGAAAUUAUACUACGCUGACGACAAAUACUCGCUGAUAAUGAAAGAUUUAGCAGCAUCCGGGUAUAAAAUGGUAGACCGACUCAAGCAAUUGGAUUACGACCAAUGUUACCUCGUUUUGAAAAAUCUAGCCAAGUUUCACGGACUAUCAGUGAAACUGGAACGAUCCUCCAAAAUCAGUCCAGCAGUAAAGAAGAUUCUUUGGCUAGACAACCCUGAAACGGAAGAAGAUUGCGCAGAGUUUAUGCGAAACGCUUGCGAGCAAAUGGCCGAAAAUCUCGACCGAAAGCUCGGUUUGUACGAUAAACUUAUGCAAAUGGGCAAAGAAGGAAUUUACGAUAGAGUUCGUCAAGAAAUGCACCCGAACCGGUUUCGAUUCAAUGUGCUGAAUCACGGAGACUGUUGGUUGGGAAACUCGUUAUUCAAAUUUGAUAAAUAUGGCAAUGUGAAAAAAGUUAAAAUGAUCGAUUUUCAGUGUUCGGCUUGGUUAACGCCGGCUUACGAUAUAUUAUUUUUUACGCUGAGUAGCAUGCGAUACGACGUGUUUGAAAGACAUUUUAAUUUUCUGAUGGAAACUUAUAUCGAGACGUUAAACAAGACUUUGAGAUUUUUACAAUGUGGUUCGUAUUCGUUGGAAGAGCUGUAUCGUGACAUGGAUUCUUUACGUUUAACUGUCACAGUGAUAUUGGGAUGUCAACUACCUCAGACUUUAUCCAGCCACGAGAAUCCGAUCGAUUAUAAAGAUUUCAUUCAUAAUGGAAAAGUCGACUAUCCGAAUUUCAAUAAAGUUUACAAAAAUGAGAUUUACUUGAGGGUUCUUCAUCGGUGGAUGUCUUAUUAUGUGAUGAAAGGUUUCUUCGACUGAAAGCAUGAUAAUCCGCAAAAUACUUCUAAUCUUCCAAUGGGCCGGCGAACUGAUCAAAGACUUCUUUUCUAUGUACUUGUCAAUUUUCUAAAAUUGUUAUUUUUAUAAAUACUGUACAUAAAUUAGCUUACAAAUGUUUAAUAAACGUUUUACAUAAGUA